GGGGGGGGAGGGGGAGAUCUUUUUCAUCUUUUAUUUUCUUUUUUCUAAAUAUGAAACUAACGGAACACCUUCUUUCGAUUGACAAGGAAUUGUUUGAGAAAGCAACACACCAUCAAUUUUUAAAGCAAGUUGGAACACUCACUGUGGAACCUCAGCAUCUUAAAUCUUGGCUUAUUCAAGAUCGAUACUAUACGGGAGGAUAUACCAAGAUGAUGGGUAUCAUGAUAUCACGUUUAGCAUUGUAUGAGGAUCAACGUGAGUUUGGGGACAACGAUCCAUCUUAUACCGAAGAAAGAGCACAGAAUGUGAUGAAAGUCUUGUCCUUUGCUUUAUCCAAUAUCCAUCGCGAAGGUUUAUUCUUUAGUGAGAUUCUUGCUAGAACCCCUUAUGCGAACUGUCAAUCAUCCGAAGCUCAAAAGUCAUGGACGAGUCGUUAUGUGGAUUUUGUAAAGAAGGUGGCUCAUGAAAGUGGCUAUGAUUUGGGUGAAGCUUUGGUCGUACUAUGGGCUAUGGAGAUUAUCUUUUUUAACGCUUGGAAUCAUGCUUUAUCUGUUCACAAGAGUAGUUUGGAAGGAGAAGAGGUCGAGGCGGACACAGUUCAUGUCAAUACCUGUAAAGAAUUAAUGACCAACUGGACCAUGGCUGAGUUUGGUGUGUUUGUGCAGGAAUGUGAGAAUCUGGUUGAUCAGCUUGAUUACAGUGAUCCUCGUCGUCUUGCCAGUCUCGAAAAGGUGUACAGGGAGAUUUUGGCGCUUGAAGUUGAGUUUUGGGAUAUGGCCUAUGAUAAAUAAAUAGGAUGAUUUGCCUUUGAUAUAUAUUAAAAUAGGCGUUGUAUGGGAGAAACUUGCAUAAUAGCUUAAGGAGAUGUAGUGGCUCGAGCCCCCAAAACGACGGUCUUUUUUUUUUUUCUCUUUUAAAAAUUCUGACUGCUAAAGCAAAAAUUUUAUUUAGGAGUUUUACUAUAAAUAGGGAAGAAAAAAGAGAACCGAAUUUUUUUUUUCUUUAAUCAAAAAUAGAAGAAUGCAGCCACGAUGGAACGUUUUGUCAGUUUAUUUUGACCUCGAUGUUUCAUUGCCAGGAAUCAUUUUAUGAUUUCAACGCAUACAAGAGGGAAAUGUCUUCCUGACCCCUUUUGGGGUUGAAACGGUGCUCUUUUGUCAUUUGUUUGAUUUAUAGGGUUUCGUGCCGACUGGAGACUACAAACACUAUUUAUAUUUAUAUAUAUAUAUAAAAAAAAAAAUGAAAAA